GAGAGCGAAAGAGAGAGAGAAAGAGAGGGAGAGAGAGAGAGGGAGAGAGAGAAAGAGGGAGAUUGGUCGAACCUUCGAAAGUGGCUUGAGCGGACGCAUUGCAGCCCAUUAACUAAUCUUCUAUAUUUGUUGGGAUACAUUGUCAUCUUCUUCAUCGGUAAACGGAACGCCAGAGUGACACAAGAAAGUCUAACCGGUGUGCUGUGUUAAUUUUUUAUGAAUCCUUUGGACAUUUGUUUACAUCUUGAAUCAAUUAUAAUAUCUGAGCUUUGAAGGGAAACAGAGCUCAUUUUGUUUGUUUAUUUUUAUAAAAAUUCUGAUGGCUCGGAUGGAUCAAUUGGGAUGAUACACGUAGAUAGUCGUUGAUGUUUUUGAAGUCUCUGAUACACAGUUAGUCGUGUCUUAUUUUCGGCAUCGUUGCUUGCAUGUGGGUCACAAGUUGCACAAGACAAAGCUAACGGGAUAGAGGGUUCACCGAGCUGAGGAAAAAAUGUGGAGCUCGGUCACAGCAGCUGGCACGGAAAAUGGACCUGCACCACCUUCAAGAAGUAAACACAGUGCGGCGUUACUUGCAGGACACGUAUAUCUCCUUGGAGGUCGAAAUGGAAAUUUACCACUCAAAGAUCUUUGGCGGUAUAGUCUCGCUGAAAGCAAGUGGGAAGAAUUACAUCCUGGGGGAGAAAGGCCGCCGGCUCUUCAAGAACACAGCGCGGUAGCAUACAAGGACUGCCUUUACGUAUUCGGUGGAGAACUAGGCUUUUCCGCAGGCACGGAAACACCACUUUGGGUUUACAAUGUCAAGACGAAUACGUGGAGGAAGGUCAGAGCUCAAAGAGGUUGCGCGGUUCCUAGAGGUCGAAGAGGUCAUACGGCCUUGGUCCAUCGAGGUCAAAUGCUCAUCUAUGGAGGUUAUCAAGAUUUACGUGGUAGCUCUCCUGAAUUAUGGGCUUUCCAUUUCGAAACAGAAUCGUGGCAUCUAUUAUCAUCUAGCGAAAGUGGUCCAGCUGCGAGACACAAACACUCAGCCGUUUUACAUGGAGAUACUAUGUAUAUUUACGGUGGUAUGACGGAUUUACAAGAGAGAAGCGAUUGCUGGCGAUGGGACGUUAAUACCGCUUCCUGGUUCAUGCUGAAGAAUAAGCCUGGACCGGGUCCACUUCAUGGUCAUGCUGCUUGCAGACUCCCAAGUUGCAUGUUGAUCUUUGGUGGAGAGAGCGGUGGUCUCGCUACCAAUGAAUUAUGGAGGUUUCAUUUCGGUACGGAAACUUGGGAGAAACUAUCUGUACCAGGACCGAAACCUCAACCCAGAGCAGAGAGUGUCGCCCUGGCAGUAUCCGAGUUGUUGAUUCGUGGUACCAGUAGCGAUAAUCCUAAGCCAAGAUUAAAAAAUCAAAGGACGAGAUUGUGUAGUAAUAGAAUAUCACCGAAUGAAGCACCUACGAGGCCUAGUUUUCUCAAAGAAAUCUCGAAAUUGUCGCAGAUCAAUCUGUCAAGGUUGAGUCAUCCAACCAAGUGUAGUUAUUCUGUACUUAGUGGACAGGACGAUAAUGAAGAAAGUCCUCAAGAGGCGAACACGUAUUAUCCGUUUCAGCAAGUGGACGUAGAAGCCGUAGAACCUUCGAUGGGGAUGGUAAAGUCUCGAAGUGCCAAUACCUUAGCUCGUAGAAGACAAAAGCCGCCGGAAACGACGACAAAAGCAACCGAAGCUAGCAAUAGUAAUAAUAAUACUGGCAGUGGCAUGACCAGAGAUCCUAUUUCGGUGCCAAAUUUUCGAGCUUUAACGUUACCAACGCCAGUACUAACACCUGUUGAGGCAGCUAGAUUAGUUUUCGUUGAUCCAGACGAGUUGAGCGAUAGCGAGGAGAAAAAAGAACCACCUACCUCGAGACUGAUCGAAGUUCAGGAAGAAAGGAGAGAUUUUUCUUCCACACAUCACGCUUGUCAACCAACCAGAGGUGAAAGCUACAGUUCUCAUCUUUACGAGGCAGCCCUUCAAACUCCAAAGACACCGACUACGUCUAAAAUACCAACUUCAGCAUCAGUCAGAUUCGCUGACCUGGAAGAAGGCGAGGAAUCAACGUCGGAUUACGCGAGUAUUGAAACAAGAAGUCCAGGUGAUCCCUUGGCUGAAGAUGAUUGGCCUUCAAAUAGAAAAUCUAAACAGUUACGUGCUAUCGUCAGUUCAACGACAAUACGUGAAGGCCAAUUUGGUUUUUGCAAUCCGAAUUAUUUGGGCUUGGACGAGAGCAGGAGUCAUUAUCAGCAGCAGCAGCAUCAUCAUCAUCAUCAUCAUCAUCAUCAUCAUCAUCAUCAACAACAACAGCAACAACAACAACAAGACGGAAAAUAUGCGAAGAUGUUGAACAGUCCACCUGAUAGCGUGUUGGAGGAUGAACCUGGCAGGUCAGCCUCGCAAACAUUCGCUGAACUUCUUGAACUUCAAGAGAUCAGAAGGAUUCCCAGAGCACCGCCUAAGAGUUUGCCUUUGGGAUCACCCUCGAGACGAGCUGUUAGUGCCUCCAGGGCCGAAAGGCAAAGGGCUAAAGUCGCAGCUAAUGAUGGAAACGACUCGGGAACACCUUCGUACGGACCUGCGCCUUUAUAUGUCUUCUUAGUCGGUGGUAAAGAAAAGGGUCAGGUCACCGUCUUUGCUAGACCUGUCUCUCUCUGGAAAUUGCAGCUAGCGCCGCACAUUUUUUAGAAAUACCUCGGGGAUCCGAUGAUCAAUUCGAUUAUCGAUCCGAUGACAGUUCUGCGUUCUCAACUUUUUACAAUAAUCGUUUCUCUUACUUUAACUUGCUUUUGUUCUUCGUCAUUUUCUUCAAAAUCAUUUUUGUCACGCUCAAUGAAAAAUCUUCUUGUUUUUUUUUUUCAUUUGUACAUCUUUGAAGUAUAUAUGUUACCAAACGUUCAUCGAUUGGCUCUCUUUAACGUAUUAACUUAUUAACUUAUUUAUUAUUAUUAAUAAUAUAAUUAUAUAAUAAUUUAUUAAUAUAAUUCUAUGGAUAUACUACAUGUAAAAAAUUUUGCAUUGUCCUUGUAAUUUUCGCAUUACGCAAACAUUUUUCUAGUUAGCAGGAAAGAGAAUAUUGAAUUCAAAGAUUUUUACAAUGAAACGUAAUGUAGUAUUUAUUUAAAAAAAAAAAAUCACCACGUCACGCCUACAGUCUUUUAUAACGUGCUGUUAUAUCGAUAUCGAAAAGAACAAAAUAUUCGAGCUUAUCGAUGUCGAAUUUUUUUAAACCUUUUUCUCCAAUAUCAUUUUGAUAGUGCUCGAGACGAUUUUCCUUAACGAAGAAAUGUAAACUUUGCAGAAUUAUUUUUGGAUGUACGAUUAAUGGAUAUAUAAUAACUUAAUACAAAACGUACGAUCAAAAAGUGUGAUUGGAGCGUUAAAUAAAAAAAAAACGCGAUAAUCGAUAUCGAUCAUAACGAUCUAUCGCUGUUUUUAACUAUAGUAUUUUUGUGUCAUGCUCAAAGUCGUUCAAAAGAAAUCGAUCGACAGAAAAUUUAUGACGUCUGUUUUUCGAUGCUUGUUGUUCUUUCGUGAUACGAAUUCUAGAUACAAAAAAAAUAAAACAAAAAAAAUGCAUAGCAUAACGACGACUAAAUUGACUUUUGUAUUUGUCUUAUCAAUAGAUAGAUAAACGAACCACACGUACCAUGUAUGCAUUUAACUUAGUGUAGAGAAUUGAAAUUACAUUAUGUUUCUUUUUAUUUUCAUUGAUUAUUAUCCACGCUAAAAUUUUAUACUUUUAAAUUAACUCAUCGAUUUCUAUAAUGCUCAGUAACAUAUCCAUAGUGUAUUGAUUUGCUUGACGAAAUAAACAUGCGGUAUCCAUAGAGACAAUUUUUGAAAGAUAUUCCUAUAACGAAAUAUUCUUUUCUAUUUCAGAAUCGUCAAGUAUUUUAAUUUUUACAUUAGGAUCAUACGUAAUAAGAUUAAUCGCGAAUAUUAUACUUAUUGACUCAAAGUUCAUAUUGAACCGUUCGAUAUAGCGAGAGAAUGUUUUCAACGUAAAUUUGUAUUAAACGAUCAUGAUCAAUGUUGAAAAUUGAAACGCAGAUCAAACCAGCGCAAUAUGAACAUAUUGAAUAGAUAUAUUCGCGCGAAUUUUAACUUUGUAAAGAAACAUACGGGUACUUAUAAUCUUAUCAAAAUUUUACUAACGAUUCGCAUUAGAUUUCUUAUAACAAUUCCACGAUACAAUUUUACCACAACGUAGUCUAAUAUCUAUAAUUAUAUUAAAUAUCGAUCACGUAAUUAUAUUCCGUAUGUUUAUUUCAACAUCGUUAAGAUCGAUCACACCAAUAAUUCGAUAAGCGCGUAUACAUGGAAGAAAAUAAUACAUAAUUAAAAAUUAUUUCAAAUUGGCUCGCCUGAUCUGCGUUUAAGUACUAUGGAAUGUAAACUCAAUGUGCGUAGACUAUAAUAUUAGGUUUAAUAUCAGAUUAUAAGCUUAAGAUAGGAUCGACGAUCUUAAGUAUUAAUCGCAAUCGAUUUUCGGUUGUCUUCACAGUGGAUAAUUAAUUGAAAAACGAUUUGUACAGUUCUCUUUCUAUAAUCAUUUUCUUUUUAUCAUAUAAAUGCUAGAAUGAUAAUAGCGCUUGAAAAAUAAUCUCAAUAUUUUUAUUUUAUAUUAAGAAAUAAAACAACAGAAGUAUCCACUGUGGUUGUAUUUACAAUCGUAGAAAAUGAAUUCCGAUAAGCAUAAUGUAAGUAGAAACGGUGAGAUACGAUGGAAAAUUUCUUGCUCGUAUAGAAUUUUUAUGCCCAAGAAGGCCCAACACAUAUAAUCCAUCCAUAAGUAGCUGAAGGUCAACGUGACUCGUUAUAGGCUGGAUAUUGUUGAACUCUCUUAUGUUAUUAAUCGUAGAUAGUGAUAUUAUUUAUUUUUUUCCUCAUAUACCUCAAUAAUUAUAUUUACUUUUAGUAGAUAGGACAAAUAAUUUAUUUGUAUAAGUAAUAAGUAGAAUAAGAAAAUCUUUAAAUUUUUAAUCGAUAAGAAUCUAUAGAUAUCAGAAUCCGUGCAAUAUUACAUUCAUAAAUUAUACAAUUCUAAAUAAUUGUAUAUCAAGCCUAUCAAUGCUUUAUUAUAACAAUUGAUUUACUUUUCCAAUUAGGUAGCAUAUUAAAAAGAUUAUUAUUAGAAAGAAGGGUUCUCCAGUAUCCAGCUGCAGGCCACAAGACCCCCGAAAAUCAAUGUUUUCCAUUCGUAGAGCUAGUCAAUUUGAAGUCUCAGUGUACAAAACUAAAGAUAAAUGUUUCAUACUGCGCCCAUAACCCUUUCCCUUCCUUCAAUUUUCCCAAUCAUUGUGUGUAGUUAACGAUCCUUAUGACUGGAUUAACUUAUUAUUGCGUUGAAUACACAUAUUUUCUUUUGAAAAUAUUAUAAUAUUAUAAUAAUAAUUUACAUAAUUUAAAUUAUUGUGUAAGAAGUAUUAUCAGUAAUAUUACUGAAACUAGUUGAAGAAAUCACAUUUGAGGCUUGGACACAUAAAUAUUUUUCAAAACAAGAGUAUAUAAAUUAUUCGUAAACACAAAGUGUUAUUAACAAAAUUAUAAUAACAAGUAUCGUAUCUUUUUCAAGAAUUAUGUUCAAUAUAAUUAUACAUAUCGAGAGAAUAACAUUAAAAUAGCCUCUAUAAUAAAACUAAUGUUUAGAAUACAGACGAAUAUAUUGAAAGAUGUGUUCAAUGAUGAAAAACACAUUUGUCAUGUUCAAAGAGUUUAUAGCAAAAAAUUCAAUUUUGAAAAAGUAACAUUUACCAAAAUUCGUUUUUACAAUUUAAUUUAUGAUCUAAUUGUAUAGUUUGAUAUGGUCUUCUAAAAGUUUUACUUAAUUCAUUAAAUAGAUUUUUUCUUUUCAUAAUAUAAUGUGCAUUAAAAAAACGAAUAAUCCAGUAGUCAAUUAUUACCGUCACCAAUAAUAGUUAUUUACAAAAUAUAUCUAUUUAUAUUUAUCAUAUAAACAAUAUUCAUAUGAAGUUAAAAAAAUGUCAGUUGGUUCCCAAAACAGUGUAGCUGAUUUGAGUGCCUACAUAUAUUCUUCGUGCAAAUAUAUGCAUUCAAUAUUUU